ACGCCCUAACUGUUUACCGCUACUGACGGAGAUUCUCUACAGAUUAAUCAUCAACGCGGAUUGAUUCCAUGGCUACCGCCGCCACAGAUGAAACGCCCAGAUUCUUCGUGGCAGUUCACGUCGGUGCGGGGUAUCACGCGCCUUCAAAUGAGAAGGCUUUGAGGGCUGCCAUGAAACGCGCUUGUCUCGCUGCUGCUUCUAUUCUUCGCCAGGGUCCUGGUCGAUGUGUGGAUGCUGUUGAAGCUGCGAUUCAAGUGCUCGAGGAUGAUCCCUGCACGAAUGCUGGCCGAGGCUCCAACUUGACUGAGGAUGGCAGCGUGGAAUGUGAUGCAAGUCUAAUGGACGGUGACUCUGGUGCAUUUGGAGCUGUGGGGGCAGUACCAGGUGUCCGAAAUGCCAUCAAGAUUGCAGCUUUGCUGGUGAAAGAGCAGAAAAUGGGGUCUUCUUUGUUGGGUCGAAUACCUCCUAUGUUCUUGGUUGGUGAAGGUGCUCGCAAAUGGGCAAGGUCCAAAGGCAUUGCUGUGCCAGCAACAAUAAUGGAGGCUGAUCAGUGGUUAGUGACAGAAAGGGCAAAAGCACAAUUUCAACGGUACAGAGAAAUGCUAGUUGAUGCCAAGGCUGCAAUGAAUUCAUAUUCUGAGGGAAAUUCUUGUAAUGCACAAGAAAUUGCAACGGUCUCAGAACCACAAAAUCAAACAUGUGAUCUCUUGAAUGGGAAUGAGGCUAGUCAAUCAGCAGCUCUGGAUUUAUCAGAAGAGGACAACAUCAUGGACACUGUUGGAGUCAUUUGUGUAGACACCAAAGGACACAUAUCAUCAGGGGCCUCAAGUGGUGGUAUUGCAUUGAAGGUAAGUGGACGUGUGGGACUAGCAGCAAUGUAUGGUUCUGGUUGUUGGGCUUCUUCAAAAGGACCCUUUGGGGCUCCCUUUAUAGUUGGCAGUUGUGUUACUGGUGCUGGAGAAUACUUGAUGAAAGGAUUUGCAGCUCGUGAGUGCUGUAUCUCAUCAUCGCUUUCACAGGCUGGUCCUGCCUCUGCAUGCAUGAAAGUUAUACGCCCUGUUCUUCAAGACAGCCACCAGAAUGGUACCGAUAAAAGUGCUGGGAUUUUACAUGUGCAAGCUGAUGCUCCUUUGACAGGUCCAGGAAAUUGUCCUAAGCUAAAAGCAGUAGAGAUUGCAGCUGCUUACUCAUCCUUGUCUUUUGGUAUAGGAUAUUUUGGGAACUCUAUGGAGAGGCCCAAGGUAUGACUACUCUUGAACCAUUAUAGCAGGAUCUAUUUAUUCUCCUCUCUCUCUCUCUCUCUCAGAGGAGAAAGGAUAUUUCAUUCUUAGCACUUUUAGAUUUUCACAAGAUUCUGGUCCUUAUCAGACAGAAGGGAGGAAGAUGAUUCAUGUAGCCAAGCCGAACUACUAGUUUUAAGCCAGCUAAGAGCUUAAGGAAUUAACUACAAGUCAUUAAAUUCUAUCAGUGUAUAAAGACUGGUUUAGUGGUAAAUAUGGUACAAAUCUAACAUGGAACAUAAAGAAAGAACGUGUACUCAAACAAAAUUUUCUAACUCUAGAGUACUGCAUUGUAUCCUGUUCAACAAGGUCCUACUUAGUUCUAUACUUUUGGGUGGCCAUAAAAAUAUGAAGCACUAAUUCUUGUUUGUUGGUGUUAUCUUUCAGGCGUCAAUUCUUAGAAGUGCAAAACAGCAAAGUAAAACUGGGAUUAAUCAUUUUGAAGCUCGCAUUGAUCUUUCUUCAGAAAAUUCAUAAUUUCCAGGUUCAGAGUAUAGAAUGGCAGCAGGACAUUGCAUUAUUGAGGUCCAAUGAGUUGUAUACUGCCUUAUGCCUCCAGCUUGAGAUUGAAGACCAGGAUAUACUAAAAAUAAAAUGCAGGAUUUUGUUGAUCAAAGCACUUGUGCUUUGUAGAAUUGUUGAUUCAUACAAAUAAUUGUAAGCUACAAUGAAUUCUUUUUAAGAUUCUAUACGAGUAUUUAUUCACGAGGAUUUAGUCAUUGACAAACCUCUCUAAAGUUGGCUAAACCACUAAUCGGCAAUUGCAAAACCGUUUUCCGGGUUAGAUCCUGUUCACUCCACAACCUUAGGGCUGGCGCUCAGAGACUGAGAAUAGGGUUCGGAUACUCAGAUAAAAUUCCAUCAUUCCAUCUUCCAGUUCUGAAGGAUAAACAUCCCACUCUAAA